GGCCUUUCUAUACCAAUAAGUCAUUUCAUUUCAUCAGAGGAGACGCUUAUUCUUAUUUUCAGGCUUUUUUUCCUGUUUCUUAUUUCUUCAGUUUACAGAGAAUGAGUUAUUACAAUCAGCAACAAGCCCCUGUUGAAGCUCCUCCUCCACAAGGGUAUCCUCCAGCUGGGUAUCCACAGGCUUAUCCUCCACCACCACAGGGCUAUCCUCCAGCUGGGUAUCCUCAGGAAGGUUAUCCUCCCCAAGGAGGACCCCCACCUCAAACACAAUCCAGAGAAGAUGGCUUUUGGAAGGGAUGUUGUGCUACCCUUUGCUGCUGCUGUGUGUUGGAAGAAUGCUGUUUUUAGGGACAGUCAGUUGAUCUAUUAAGAUCUGUACAGCUUUGCUUUGGGAGUGUACUGCUGUCACAUUCAUUUUAUUUUAUUGAUUUUGCUUCUGUUAGAGGACUGUUGGACUUUGAUUAUUUAGUGGAGUAUAUCUCCAGCAUAUGUUUAAUAGAAUAAAAGAAUUGAAUUCAAGAGCAUGUAUUUCUGUGAGAAUUUUUGUUGCAAGUUUAUGUAUAAUUAUUGGGUACAGAAGCUAUCUGCCACUUUACACAAGACAUUUUAUCUUGUAUGAAUAAAUAUAAUCA